AGAAAAGGACAGAGUGACUCACACACACAAUUUCACAAUCACAAUUCACAACACGUUCUCAUUCUCUCUCUUUCUACUCACUUUGUCUUCUUCUUCUUCUUCUUCCUCUGCAACGCUUCUUCAAUCGUCGUUUUCUGCAGUUUUUCCACUUUUCUGCCGUCUUGGACAUGGUCGUCGCCACUCACCUUCGGGUUUAGGGAAAAAAACAAAUUGGGGGUUAAGGGGAACGUUUGAUUGUUCCGUGGUUUUUGGUGGUUGACUGGUUAUGUGUUGAUUGUGAGCUGGCUUGAGCUGAUAUCCGGCGCUGAAAUGCCGCGGGGGAGGAUCAGGGCAAGGCUCCGCAGGAGCAGUCUUUACACAUUUGGUUGUCUUAGGCCAACCACUAGUGAUGAAGUGCCUCAUCCCCUUCAGGGUCCGGGCUACUCAAGGACGGUGUAUUGCAACCAGCCUCUGAUCCAUGAAAAGAGAUAUCUGUUUUACUGCAAGAAUCGUAUAUCGACGACCAAAUACAAUGCGGUCACCUUUUUUCCUAAGGCGCUGUUUGAACAGUUUAGAAGGGUUGCUAAUAUAUAUUUUCUAUUGGCUGCUUGCCUCUCAGCGUCACCAAUUUCGCCUCUUAGCCCGUUGAGCAUGAUUGCUCCUUUGGUGUUCGUUGUGGGGCUUAGUAUGGCAAAGGAAGCGUUGGAGGAUUCACGCAGGUUUGUUCAGGAUGUCAAAGUUAAUCACCGGAAAGCUAGACUACACAGAGGAGAUGGUGUUUUUGGUCUCAGGUCGUGGCAGAAAAUUAUGGUUGGGGAUGUGGUGAAAGUAGAAAAGGACCAAUUUUUUCCUGCUGACUUGUUUCUCUUGUCAUCUAGUUAUGAGGAUGGGAUAUGCUAUGUGGAGACUAUGAAUUUAGAUGGCGAGACCAACUUGAAGGUGAAAAGAUCUUUGGAGGCUACCUCGUCUCUUGACAAUGAUGGAGCUUUUAAGGAUUUCUCUGGAACAAUCCGUUGUGAAGAUCCAAAUCCCAAUCUUUAUACUUUUAUUGGGAACUUUGAGUAUGGACGUCAGGUUUAUCCUCUUGAUCCUAGUCAAAUUCUUCUCAGAGAUUCGAAGCUUAGGAACACAGAUUAUGUCUAUGGGGUGGUCAUUUUCACUGGUCACGACAGCAAAGUCAUGCAGAAUUCUACUAAGUCCCCUUCAAAAAGGAGCACAGUAGAAAAAAAGAUGGAUUAUAUCAUAUACACUCUUUUCACUGUUCUUAUAUUGAUAUCCUUUAUAAGUUCAAUAGGAUUUGUUGCCAAGACUAAGUACCAAAGCACAAAGUGGUGGUAUUUACAGCCUAAAAAUAUUGAAUCCCAGUAUGACCCUGCGAAAAUUGGAUUGGCUGGGAUGAGCCAUCUGAUUACUGCACUUAUUCUUUAUGGAUACUUGAUACCCAUCUCGCUAUAUGUUUCAAUUGAGCUUGUGAAGGUAUUGCAAGCAAGGUUCAUUAACCAAGACAUUCAAAUGUAUGAUGAAGAAACUGGAACGCCAGCUGAUGCACGGACAUCAAAUUUGAAUGAAGAGUUGGGUCAGGUAGACACUAUCCUCUCUGAUAAAACUGGCACUUUAACCUGCAAUCAGAUGGACUUUUUGAAGUGCUCCAUUGCUGGUACUGCCUAUGGCGUGCGUUCCAGUGAAGUUGAACUUGCUGCAGCACAGCAGAUGGCUUCUGAUGAGGAGCAGGACUUGGACCUCUCUAGCUUUCCUAUGAAGAAGAAGAGUAAAGUGCGCUCGGGAAAUGUUAGAGAAGGUGAAGAAGUUGAACUUGAAAGUGUUGUUACUUCCAAAGGUGAUGAGGAUCGGAGGCCUGCCAUAAAGGGAUUUGGUUUUGAAGACUACCGCCUCAUGAAUGGUAAUUGGUUGAAGGAACCCAAAUCUGAUGUCCUUUUGAUGUUUUUCCGGAUAUUAGCAGUUUGCCAUACUGCCAUUCCAGAGCUAAAUGAGGAGACUGGCAGUUGCACAUAUGAAGCUGAGUCACCUGAUGAAGGAGCUUUUCUUGUAGCAGCUAGAGAAUUUGGUUUUGAAUUUUACAGAAGAACUCAAUCAAGUGUUGUCAUACGUGAAAGAUUUUUUGCUUCAGGAAAAGUGGUUGAAAGAGAGUAUAAAAUCUUGAAUAUUCUGGAUUUUACUAGCCAAAGAAAGCGUAUGUCAGUGGUUGUGCGUGAUGAGGAGGGAAGCAUUAUUCUCUUGUGCAAAGGAGCUGAUAGUAUCAUAUUUGAUCGAUUAUCUAAGGAUGGAAAGAUGUAUUUGGAGGCUACUACUAAACAUUUGAAUGAAUAUGGAGAAGCUGGUUUGAGAACGCUUGCCCUGGCUUACAGAAAGCUUGAUGACCAAGAGUACUCUGAUUGGAAUAAUGAGUUUCAGAAAGCCAAGACAGCUGUGGGGCCUGAUAGAGAGGCAAUGCUUGAAAAUGUAUCAGACAUUAUGGAACGAGAGUUGCUUCUUGUUGGGGCUACUGCCGUGGAAGACAAACUGCAGAAAGGGGUGCCUCAAUGCAUUGAUAAACUAGCUCAAGCUGGCCUAAAAAUCUGGGUGUUGACAGGGGAUAAGAUGGAAACUGCAAUCAACAUUGGAUUUGCUUGUAGUUUGCUUCGACAGGGCAUGAAGCAAAUAUGUAUCAGUACUAUGAAUUCAGAUUCAGUAACCAUUCCUGGGAAAGAGGUCAUCAAAGACGACAUCUUGAAUCAAAUCACCAAUGCUUCACAAAUGAUAAAGGUGGAGAAGGACCCUCAUGCCGCGGUUGCAUUAAUUAUUGACGGGAAAACUUUGACAUAUGCUUUAGAAGAUGAUAUCAAGCACCACUUUUUGGGAUUGGCUGUUAAUUGUGCAUCUGUCAUUUGCUGCCGUGUGUCUCCCAAGCAAAAGGCCUUGGUAACAAGGUUAGUCAAAGAAGGAACGGGGAAGACCACUUUAGCAAUAGGUGACGGUGCAAAUGAUGUUGGCAUGAUUCAAGAAGCUGACAUUGGCGUCGGAAUCAGUGGAGUUGAAGGUAUGCAGGCCGUGAUGGCUAGUGACUUUUCCAUUGCCCAAUUUCGGUUUUUGGAGCGGCUUCUUGUGGUCCAUGGACACUGGUGUUACAAGAGAAUUGCACAAAUGAUAUGUUAUUUCUUCUACAAAAAUAUAGCAUUUGGCCUCACCAUAUUCUAUUUUGAGGCCUUUGCGGGAUUCUCUGGUCAAUCCGUUUAUGAUGACUGGUACAUGAUAUUGUUCAAUGUUGUUCUUACAUCACUGCCUGUCAUAUCACUUGGAGUUUUUGAACAAGAUGUUCCAUCAGAAGUUUGCUUACAGUUUCCUGCACUAUAUCAGCAAGGACCCAAAAAUUUGUUCUUUGACUGGUAUAGAAUAUUGGGAUGGAUGGGGAAUGGUCUGUAUUCCUCCCUCGUCAUCUUCUUCCUUGUCAUCAUCAUCUUCUAUGACCAAUCAUUCCGUUCGAAUGGCCAGACUGCGGACAUGGCGGCUGUUGGUACCACCAUGUUCACUUGCAUCAUCUGGGCCGUUAAUUCCCAGAUUGCGCUGACAAUGUGCCAUUUUACAUGGAUUCAACACCUCUUUGUGUGGGGAAGCAUAAUCACUUGGUACCUCUUUCUCAUUUUAUAUGGCAUGCUUUCUCCAACAUAUUCGAAGACUGCGUACCAAAUAUUUGUUGAGGUUCUUGCUCCUGCUCCUAUUUAUUGGUUGACGACCCUUCUAGUAACGUUUACAUGCAUUCUUCCUUAUCUGGCUCACAUAUCCUUCCAAAGAUGUUUUAAUCCCAUGGACCAUCACAUCAUCCAAGAAAUCAAGUACUACAAGAAGGAUGUUGAAGAUCAACGCAUGUGGACGAGGGAGCGGUCCAAAGCAAGACAUGAAACGAAGAUUGGAUUCACAGUGAGGGUGGAGGCAAAGAUCAGGCAGUUGAAAGUGAAGCUGCAGAAGAAGCAAUCUCCAUCUCAUUCAUGACCGUUGCAAAUAAUAAUUUACUAGUUCCCAGUCCUUUUAGGGUUUGCAGGUUUUUUGGUUUUUCGGUCGAGCCUGCCUCAUUUAAAUUCUUUGCAUGCUUAAGUUGUUUGCCUAAGGAGGGGUGAGUUGAAGCCCCUUUCAUGAAGGAAAAAAAGCAUGGGAAUCGUUGUAACAUAUGUAAGUAGAAGAGUUCACCAAGUUAGUCAAUUCUGAAUGUUCAGGGUGUAAUUCUCACAUAUCAAAUGGUUACAGUUCAUUAUUGACGAAAUGAAAGUAGCUAAGUAGUGUAA